AGGCUCAGAAGCUCAUUUGCCAGUUGUGGUGAUUGACAGGUCAGAUUCUCAAAGCUGCAAGCCCCUCCAUUACAGACCUAUAAAUAGACUUCCAUCUCCCUUUGCUCUGAAUCGCCCCAUUCCAACAAUCUUUCUGCUGAAAACGCCAAACGCCACAUAAAGAUGUCAAACUUGGAGGACUGCCUGGGAACUUUCAUUGAGGUCUUCCAUAAAUACUCGUCGAAAGAAGGUGACAAGUACAAAUUAAAAAAGAGCGAACUCAAGGAGCUGCUCACAAAUGAAUUUCCAACUCUUAUGGAGCAUGUGAAGGAUCAGGCUACAAUGGAUGGUUUGAUGGAAAGCCUGGACACCGACGGCGACUCAGAGUGCGAUUUUCAGGAGUUCAUGACCUUCAUAACCAUGGUUACCAUCUGUUGCCAUGAGUUUUUUGAACACCACGAAGACGAAUGAGUCGAAUGCACAGUUUGGAAAAACUUGUCCAUUUUCGUAGUUGUCAUGAGUCACAAUAUAGUCCUUAAUUGUGUUUUUUCUUUAUCAUAUCAUGUUAGAAUUGGGGAUUUGUUUGGAUGGAGUGCAGAUAGAUUAGCCUGUUCGACAAUUUGUUUGCGUUUGGCUCAUUAUGUUUGAAUAUGCAGUGACUUAAAACCAGUUUAUAAUUUAUUAUGAAUCACCGUUCUAUUCUUUUGCCUAAACACUUUUUUUUGUCCAUAACAUGACCAGCAUUAUACCCAUUGAGCGAAAUGCAGACUUGUCAUUUUAAUUCCAGGCUGAUUGUCAAAUGUAUUUCUGAUUAGCUUCAGGCUAUUAGGCUGCUAUUGACUUAUCGAAUUGUACUGGGGCCUUCGACAAAUCACACCACGCUUUAAAUGAGCCACCAAAGCCAAGGGCGUAGAUUUUGCUUGAACAUUGGGUGAGUGGGUGAGGGGGGGGGGGCUUGUACUUGCUUGUUUUGAUUAUGGGGGGAGGGGGAGUACCUCUCCCUCAUCCCCCCGGAAUCUACGCCCCUGACCAAAGCCAUGAACUAACUUAUCCUUAGUUUGUUUGAUGUUUAUGACCAUCCAUAAAUGUUAUGUAGUCACCAAUCUACAUUGGGUCUACAUCGAGUUCCCUGCUGAAAACACAUCUUAAACCAGCAUUAACUAGUUUGUUGGUCUGAAUCGGUUUCUCAGCCUGGUCUGAUUGCUGGUUUUACCUGUCGACCUGUGGUAAACCAGUUGAAAACCAGCUUGGCAAAGCUGGAAAACCAGAUAGACCAUCUUAAACCAGCUAUGACCAGCAAACCAGGCUGGUUUAAGAUGCUUUUUUUUCAGGCAUUGGUGAAACAAAACUUGUCUUUAAUUCCCUGCAAACUUUACAAGCCAAGUUUAACUAAAUAUAUUGGGGCUCAUUUACGAAAUACAAGCAGAACGAAUUUCUGUGUAAAUCAUUCAGAAAUAUUUAUGUAAUUGAAAUCAUUCUUAUGUAAAUUAUUGUAUUGAAUUUAAUGCAACAAAAUACUUAAGAAUGGUUUUAUGAAUGGUUUGUAUAGAAGUUUGUCCUGCUUCUGUGCCUAAAAUUGUGAAUGAACGAAAUGAAAUGUAAUGCAAGAGUGAAAUGUUGUUUAUGAAAGUUGAUUUGUUUAGUUUUACAAUUAAGAUGUUAAAUAAAAUUCCAUAAGUAACUUUA